CGGACAAAAAUGUUUCACUUUCGGACUAACGAUGUCAUUGUCGGAGCUGUCGUGUUUAUUUUUGUGGGUGUUUGUGUGAAUAUCUCAUCAGGGAUCACGUCGAUUGACAGUGAUGAUGCUUGUGAAGGCAAAAACGAUGGCUGUGUUUGUAACAGGGUCGGCCAGGGUACCCUAGACCUCCGUUUUGUUGGCUUGUCAAACGGGAGUGCGAGGUUUGAAAACGUCAAGGGAAAAGAUGGCUUGUUUUACUCCUACAAUCCGUGUUUCAAUUUCUCCGAGACAGAUCAGACACAGAAGUCGGUAGCCAAAUGUCAGAAUGUUGCCAUCUGUGUGAAGAAUGGAACCCACUACAACGCCACAGCUGUCCAGGAAAAUGCCAAGUUUGAUUUCGACCGAAGUCGUCAGGAAUUAUUCAUUCGCUAUCAAAAUCCAGAAAUUCCUGGUCGCUUCACAAAAAUGUAUUUGUUCUGUGACGUGAAUGAGGACUUGGAGGUGACCGGGGCAGGGGAAAUGCAGCUGCGCUCCCCAUGUGUGUGUAGCGGGGGCUGCACACUGCAGCCUGAUCUCAGUCCUGGCUCCCUACUACUCAUUAUCUUUUUCACUGUCCUGGCUGCUUACCUCGUUGUUGGUUCACUAGCAAACAAGGCUAUCAAUGGAGCUGUUGGUCUAGAGAUUAUACCCAACUACAGCUUCUGGUCGGAGUUACCUGCCCUUGUCAAAGAUGGCUACUUGUUUUUUCUGAGCCCAUGUUUAGGCGAUCAAGUUAGAUACAACAACAUUUACCAGAAUAUUUGAUCCACAAAGGAAAUGUACAGAUGUAAAACUUUGAUGUUACAGUAGUCAGUUUGAGCAAAUCUGAUUUGACUUCCUGUGAUUUGUUGUUUUUUUUUUGAUUGAUUGAUUGAUGUAGCUUGAUUCGGCCUUCUAUGUUGUUUUGGAUCUGUUGAUUGAUUGAUUGAUUUAUUUAUUCACCAAUAUACCAUAUUCAGAGGUUAAGAGACACUAUUGGCGGGGAAUAAAGCCCUGCACAGCUUGCUCUUUCCCAACUUAAAAUUAUAAAUUUAUGGUGAAGACGGAUUCUGGGGGAAUUAUUAGGAAUCGGAUAAAUUUCGACUUUGAAGUAAAACAACUGGUCCGAUUGCAGGGAAUUUGAGUAUUUGAUGUGCAGCUGAUGACAUGUAAACCUGCUGAUUUGUUCCUUUGUCAGAUCUUGCCAAGUACUUUUGUUGAUAGCAUUGUUUGUAUGUUAUCUUUGGACAUGGUAUUAGCUACAUGUACUUAAUUUCAACAUGUACACAACUUGUUUAGUUUUCUUUGUGGAGAUUUUAUUUCUUUUACUUUUAAAAUAAUAAUGUAAGAUAUUUUAUAAAGAGGAUUGUUUUCAACCUGCUCAACUCUAUACAGUGCAAUGUUUUAUUUUUGUAUUUUGUUCAGUUUUUUGAACUGUUCUGGUAUUGGGAGUAAAUAUUCCUGUGCCCAGUUUCACAAAGAUAUUGUACACUUAAGAUAAUUGCACAUCUUUUAGCAUGCAUUUCAGUGCUUUAAUUUUUUUCUCUGAUUAGUUUUUAAGCAGUUUUUCAUUCUUUUAUUUUAUUGUUAGUCCGAGAUUGCUCUGAUAUUAUUUUUGGCAAAAUUUUGUUCGGCUAGUGAUGUUCCCAAACCAACGUGAGAGUGUGCUUCAGCCUCGACAUAUUUGACAAGGGCAGGUAACUGCAUCAGGUUUUUAAAUGGAGCGCUCUCUGAUGUCGGUUUGGGGCCAUCUAUGAAUAAAAAAAAAUUAUGCCAAACCUAACGUGAGUGCGUUCUCGCACUAUUUUAUUUGCUACUUUUAACUUAAUUUAUUUUAUUUUCUGUACUGAGAAACCCAUUAGUAUGAGUAUUUAUGUUUUUUUUUGUAAUAUACAUGUAAUUGUCUGCGUUAAGCCGUUUACAUCAAGUGCUUA